CGCCCACAUUGGACCCCGAACGUGAAUGCUUCUCCGCCGCGUCCUGGCUUCAUCUAGCCGUCGAUGGUUGAGUACCGAUCCAGGGGGCGGACGCGUAGCACCAGUGGUGUGCUCACCAGCACUGGUUGUGUUUGACAAGGACGGCACGCUCAUCGACUUCAACCUCAUGUGGGGUGGAUGGGUCGAGUCUGUUGCAUGGAAAAUGGAAAUGACGACGCGACGACCGGUGCGCGAGAAAUUCUUCGACGCGAUGGGUUACGAUUGGGUAGGCCGUGCGAUUCGGUCGAAAGGCGCGCUGUGCUGCACCCCCAUGGGCGAACUGUACCAAAUUGCCCGCAAAAUCAUGGUUGAAGAAGGGAUGUCGGCCUCGGACGCGGACAUCGCCCUUGACAAAGUGUGGCAUUUUCCCGACCCCAUCGACACGUCGCGCCCUCUCGGCGACAUUGUCGGUCUCUUUCUCACGAUCAAGCAAAUGGGGAUGAAGAUUGCGAUCUGCACUGCGGACAAUCGCGCCGCCACUGUCCAGACCAUGAAUCAUCUUGGGGUGUCCCACCUGGUGGAUGCCAUGGCGUGUGGAGAUGACCAAUUGCCGGCGAAGCCAGCCGCUGAGCAGAUUUGGACUCUGUGCCACAAACUCGAAGUGGAUCCCUACAAUACAAUUAUGGUUGGCGACACAAGCACAGACAUGCGCCUAGGGUUGAAUGCGGGCUGCGGUCUGUCCGUAGGCAUUCUCGGCGGCGCGUCGUCGCUAGACGAUCUCGCUCGCGAAGCCGACGUCCUCAUUCCGUCUCUUGCCAAGUUGCCCAAGAUCCUGUUUCAGUACAGCCGACAAAGUGCCGCGGCUCACACAGUCUCGACGACUCCGAGUCCACGCGUCAAUGGCGCCGUCGAACCACCGGCAUCCCAGCACCACCACUGACAAACAUCAUGCGAGGACGUGUGGCACACCCUACUGAAUAACGCAAGACGUGUUUCACCGAUA